CAGCACAGCUGCCCCUCCCCGCACUGUGCAGUAACCAAACAGACCGAGCUAAUGGCAGCUCUCUGAAAACCCCUGUCUGUGUCGUUUUGUAUCACGAUGGCUGUGGAUUCAUUAUCUCCUGAUUGGGAGUUUGAUCGCUUUGAUGACGGGUCACAAAAAAUUCACACAGAAGUGCAGGUUAAAAACUAUGAGAAGUUCUUAGAGGAAUAUACCGCUCAGCUCCAGGGAAUUGAAGAAGCACUGGACGACUCUGUUGGAGAUGUAUGGGACUUCACUCUGGACCCUAUCGCUUUGAAGCUCCUGCCGUAUGAACAGUCCUCACUGCUGGAGCUCAUCAAGACUGAUAAUAAGGUGCUUAAUAAAGUUAUCACAGUGUAUGCAGCUCUUUGCUGUGAAGUUAAAAAGCUGAAAUAUGAGGCUGAAACCAAGUUCUACAAUGGCUUGUUGUAUUAUGGUGAAGGAGUGUCAGACACUAGUGUGGUGGAGGGAGAGUCUCAGAUUCAGAUGGGCCGCUUCAUUUCCUUCUUACAGGAGCUGUCUUGCUUUGUGUCGCGCUGCUUUGAAGUGGUAGUCAACAUGGUUCACCAGCUGGCUGCUUUGUACAUCAGCAACAAGAGUGCGACAAAAAUUAUUGAGUCCACAGGUGUACACUUCCAGACUGUGUACGAGCAUCUGGGAGAACUUCUGGUGGUCCUCAUCACCCUGGAUGAGAUCAUGGAGAACCAUGCCACACUGAAAGAUCACUGGAGGAUGUACAAAAGGUUACUGAAAUCUGUCCAUCAUAACCCAGCUAAGUUUGCCAUUCCAGAGGAGAAACUAAAACCCUUUGAGAAGCUUUUACUGAAGCUGGAGGGGCAGCUGUUGGACAGCAUGAUUUUUCAGGCUUGUGUGGAGCAGAGGUUUGAUGACCCAGGAGAAGGCGUAUCGGUUUCUAAAAACAGUGCCUUUGCAGAGGAAUUUGCGUAUAAUAUCAGAACCAUUUUUGCCAACGUUGAAUCGAAGAUUGGAGAGCCGUCAGAGAUUGAUCAGCGGGAUAAAUAUACAGGCGUAUGUGGCCUCUUUGUGCUCCACUUCCAUAUCUUCAGGGCCGUCGACAAGAAGAUCUACAAAUCUCUGCUGGAUGUGUGUAAAAAGGUCCCUGCAGUGACAUUAGCAGCUAAUAUAAUCUGGUUUCCAGACACGUUUCUGUUAAGCAAAGUCCCUGCGGCAGCUAAACUGAUGGACAAGAAGAGCAUCCAGAGCCUCCGCAGCAGCAGAGAUGCAUUCCUGCAGCAAAAAGCGCAGACACUAAUGAAGGAAAUGCAGUCCUACUAUAUAUUUGUCACCUCCUGGAUGAUGAAGAUGGAGUCUAUAUUAUCAAAAGAACCGAAACCAGACAAACUGUCUGAGGAUUUGAGCAACAGGUGUAAUAUCUUUGUGCAGGGAGUCCUGUAUGCCUACAGCAUCAGCACCAUCAUCAAGACUACUAUGAACAUGUACAUGUCCAUGCAGCGGCCCAUGACCAAGACCUCAGUGAAAGCCCUGUGCCGAUUGGUGGAGCUGUUAAAAGCUGUGGAGCACACGUUCCACCGGCGCUCGCUGGUUGUAGCAGAUUCUGUGUCUCACAUCACGCAGCAGCUGCAGUCUCAGGCUCUGGCCUCCAUCUCUAUUGCUAAGAAACGCGUGAUCUCUGAUAAGAAGUACAGUGAGCAGAGGCUGGAUGUGCUGUCAGCUCUGGUUCUGGCUGAGAACACUCUGAACGGGCCCAGCACCAAAGAGAGGAGACUGAUCGUGUCUCUGGCUCUCAGUGUUGGCACUCAGAUGAAAACCUUCAAGGACGAGGAGCUCUUGCCUUUACAGCUCGUGCUGAAAAAGCUAGAUUUAAUCAGUGAAUUAAGAGAGCGAGUCAAAGUGCAAUGCGACUGCAGUUUCCUGUACUGGCAUCGUACAGUUUUUCCUAUCUACCUGGAUGACGUGUACGAAAACGCUGUGGAUGCGGCCAGAAUUCAUUACAUGUUCAGUGCGCUCCGAGACUGUGUGCCCACCAUGUUGCACGCCAAACACAUGGAGUCCUGUGAUGAACUGCUGGAGUGUUAUGACACUGAGAUCAUGGAAAUCCUCAAUGAGCACUUGCUAGACAAGCUGUGUAAGGAGAUCGAGAAGGACCUGCGCUUGUCUGUGCACACACACCUCAAACUGGACGAUCGAAACCCUUUCAAAGUGGGCAUGAAGGAUAUGGCUCAUUUUUUCUCUCUCAAACCCAUUCGCUUCUUCAACCGUUUCAUUGACAUCAAAGCUUAUGUGACGCACUAUCUAGACAAGACGUUUUACAACUUGACGACUGUGGCUCUUCACGACUGGGCCACGUACAGCGAGAUGAGGAACCUCGCCACACAGCGCUAUGGUUUGGUGAUGACUGAGGCGCAUCUUCCCAGCCAAACUCUGGAACAGGGACUGGACGUCCUGGAGAUCAUGAGGAACAUUCACGUGUUUGUCUCGCGCUACCUAUACAACCUAAACAACCAGAUCUUCAUUGAGAGAACCAGCAACAACAAGCACUUAAACACCAUUAACAUCCGCCACAUUGCCAACUCCAUUCGCACUCAUGGAACCGGUAUCAUGAACACAACGGUGAACUUCACGUAUCAGUUCCUCCGAAAGAAGUUCUACAUCUUCAGUCAGUUCAUGUAUGACGAGCACAUCAAAUCCAGACUCAUCAAAGACAUCCGCUUCUUCAGGGAAACCAAGGAUCAGACCGACCAAAAGUACCCCUUUGAGCGAGCAGAGAAGUUCAACCGUGGCAUCAGGAAGUUGGGUCUUACUCCGGAUGGUCAGAGCUACCUGGAUCAGUUCAGACAGCUCAUCAGUCAGAUCGGCAAUGCGAUGGGUUAUGUGCGCAUGAUUCGGUCCGGAGGGCUGCACUGCUGCAGCAGCGCUAUCAGGUUUGUUCCUGAUCUGGAGGACAUUGUUAACUUUGAGGAGCUUGUUAAAGAGGAAGGCCUUUCUGAAGAGACGCAGAAAUCUGCCAGCCAACUGGACUGUGUGCUUAGUGACCUGACCAGUAACUCGGCUGAAGGAACGGAGUACUUCAAGAUGCUGGUGGGCGUUUUCGCACCAGAGUUUCGCACCGUCAAGAACAUGCACUUGAGGAACUUCUACAUGAUAGUUCCUCCUCUGACGGUAAAUUUCGUGGAACAUUCCAUCAGCUGCAAAGAAAAAUUAAACAAGAAGAACAAAGUGGGAGCUGCGUUUACAGACGAUGGUUUUGCCAUGGGAGUCGCCUACAUCCUGAAGCUUCUGGACCAGUAUCAGGAGUUUGACUCUCUCCACUGGUUCCAGGCUGUGAGGGAGAAGUACAUGAAGGAAAUGAACGCGGUGGUGAAGGAGCAGCACGUUCAGUCCACCAGCCAAGACGAGAAGCUCAUGCAGACCAUGAACCUGACCCAGAAGAGACUUGACGUGUAUCUGCAGGAGUUCGAGCUGCUCUAUUUCUCUCUGAGCAGCGCUCGGAUCUUCUUCAGAGCUGAUAAAACGGCAGCCGAGGAGACCCAGGAGAAGAAAGACAGAGAAGAAGUUGCCAAAACUGGUCCAGGUUCUUCAGCGAUCGAGGGUUCUCCUGGGGAAAGCGGUGCCAAGUGAAACUACAAAGGAUCUUGAAUGAUAUAAAUCACUUGAACAGCAUGGCCUCGCUCCAGAUGAGGUUAUAAACAUUGACCCUCCAGACACCAUGCUUCUUUUGGAGUCUGUAGAGAUGCUCUGCCACCUGCACUCAUUCAACUAAAACUGACUGUGGAUUUGGACCAACGCUUUGGUUUUAGAUCAUGAUUGUUUUCUGUAUCGUCAACGAUGUUCAACAACUGCCUUGUCAAGCAUUAUGCGUUCAUGUAAAUUCAAGAUAUGUGAUUGGUAGAUGAAUGUGUCUAUAGUUUUUUUUUUUUCUUAAAGGGAUAGUUCACCAAAAAUGUUUUAAUUCGGUCAUUAAUUACUCACCCCUCAACACCUUCGUUCAUCUUCAGAACACAAAUGAAGAUAUUUGUGAUGAAAUCCGAGAGCUUUCUGGCCCUCCAUAGACAGAAACGCAUGAUAAACGAAGGUCUUAUGGGUUUGAAACGACAUGAGGGUAAUUUAUGACAGAAUUUUUGGGUGAACUAACCCUUUAAUAUCCUAUUGAUUGUUAGAAACAUUUUUACAGGAUAAAACUGGCCUUUAGGGUACAAUUUUAUUUUAGCUAAAGAAAUUCUAACACCUAAUUAUAUUUCACCCAAAAAUGGAAAUUUUGUUGUCAUUUCAAACCUCUAUGACUUGUUUUGCAUAUAUAUAUUUAUAUAUAGCAGCUUUUAUCCGAAGUGACUUACAAAUGGACAAUGGAAGCGAUUAAAAUCAGCAAAAGAGCAAUGAUACACAAGUGCUAUAACAAGACUCACGUUAGCUUAAUGCGGUACACAUAGCAAGGGCUUGAAUGAAAAGAAAACAGAUACAAAAAGAUUAGAAAGCUAGUUAGUUUUUUUUUUUCUUUUCUUUUUUUACAAUGAACCAAUAGGGACCAAUAGGGUUAUUUUGGACCCCACUGUUCUUCAAAAUAUCUUUUUAUGUUGCUCAGAAGGAAAGACAUAGAUGUUUUGAAUGAAAAGAGGGUGAGUAAACAAUGUCAGACUUUCCAUUUUUGGGUGAACUUUCCUUUCAACGUUGAAUAAUGUAAACCAGAAUCUUUUUUUUUUCUGUCAAGAGUACUAGUUUACUUAACUAAUGAUUUUCUGUCCAAAACUCGUUCAGCACCAUACUCUUUGAAAUGUGUAUAAUAUAAAAUGUAGCACACCAACAAAUAGUCUGAUUGUGCUGCCUAAAAUAUAUCGCAAUGUGUCCGACAGUAAAAAAAAAACUGAUCAAUUGUCCUUGAGCACUGUGGAGGAGGAAGUUGAAUUAUACUUGCCUUAAAGCUGCUGCUGUUACAGCACACUACACAGCAGUUCCUUCACUCUGAUUUUCUUGACUAUACUGACCUUUCGUAAGUAAUUUGUGUUAACCAUUAACCUCAUGCCAUCUUUAUUAAAAGACUUGGGGAAAAAAAAAGCAUGUCUGAAACACAGCUUCAGGAUUAGUCAUGCAUUACAGGCACACACACAACAUGCUCGUACCAAACACCCCCUUCCCAUACAGAGUCCAAACACUGGUUCAGGAAAGCCGUUCUGCUUUAUUACAAAGAAAGGGAGCUUUAAAGGUGGUCAGAAAAUACAAGAUUGGUCUGUUUUUCGUACUAUGAGUUUUCCCUUUCCUACGAAAUGCUUCUAUUCAAAUAGCUGCAGCUGAAAUGUCUCCCCCUUGUUUGUUUUUUUUCACUAUACAGAUGUCCUCGCUCGGGCCUUCCGUGUCGCCUUUAUUCGUUUAGUUGAAUUGGUCUUUUAAGUGCACAGGGUAACAAACGUGAUUCCCCGUCUGGCAGCUCAACAUACUGUUCACUAAUGUUUUUUUUUGUCUUUUGCGGUUUAUUUUUUGCUUCUACCACAUAAUGCCAUUUCGGUUCACCUCCUAAAAACGAGGUCAAGCAUAGGUACUUCUUUCAAAAUAGACGCCAUGUAUAUAUAUAUAGAUACAUCUAUCUAUCUAUAUAUAUCAUAUAUAUACACAUUCAUACAUACAUAUCUUUAUUCAUGUGAUGUCCAAAAACUAAAAAAAAAUGUACACGUUUAUUACAAAUUCGUAACAAAGACUGAAAAGGGUUCGUAUUCAUUCUGGAACAAUGUUUCUCGGUAAGCUCACAACCGCCUGGUCCACGGGUUGUGCCCAACAACGGUCACAGAAACAGUCUGAUUAGGAUUUACCGAUGCUAAGCAGAAAACAACGCAGGUGGAUGGAGCAAAAGAACCGGGAAAUGAAAAAGGAAAAAAAAACGGGUGGGGGAAAGGAAAAAAGCACCUCCUUGAUGUUAAUGACCGCGUCAUUCCAGACGACGACGGGAGCGAGUUUUCCCACAUUAAAAAAAAAAA